AUGUCCAAAUCCUUCUCCAGCACCAAAGCCAACUAUGACACCCACAACAAGGAACUCCUGGCAAUCAUCAAGGCCCUGGAGGAAUGGUGGAUAUUCCUAGAGUCAACAGAUAAACCCAUUCAGGUCUUCACAGAUCACAGGAAUAUUGAAUAUUGGAUGCAGGCAAGGACCUUUAACUGCAGACAUGCUUGUUGGCAAAUAUUCCUAAGCAAUUUUAACUUUGAAAUUCACUAUUGCCUGGGAAAAAAGUCAGGGAAACCAGAUGCCCUAUCAAGAAGGUCAGACUACACAGACACACCCCAAGAUCCAGAGGUUAUGAUUCCACAAGAAGUCAUUGCCAACACAACCCAGGAAGAGCUUGAAAUAGUCACGGAAAUACACACCAAGUUAAGGGAAGACCCAUCCCUUGAACCAAUCAUCCAAUUCCUCACCAAAGACAUAGACAACGCUCCCCCCUCCAUCCAAAAAGCCUAUAAGGACUACAAUUGGGUAGAGGACCUUCUAUGGUACCAAGGGAAAUUGGUAGCACCAGAUUCAGAAACCAUCAAGGAACAAUUACUGAGGGAAUUCCACAACUCUCCCCUGGCUGGACAUCCAGGUCAACAGUGUACUCUGGAACUCCUAAGCCAUAAUUACUGGUGGCCAGGAAUGAAAUCCACGGCCAAGGAAUGGGUUGAAUGCUGCCCAAUAUGCCAAACCAAUUGUUGCCCACAUGCUCCAGUAAUUGCCUUGAAACCCUUAGAAGUCCCACCAUUCCCUUUUCACACCAUCUCCUACAACUUCAUCACAGGGUUCCCAAAAUCCCAGGGCCAUGAUGCAAUUCUGGUAGUGAUUGAUUCAUUCUCCAAGUUUGGUCACUUUAUCCCCACCUCCAAGAAAGUCACUGCAAAAGGCCUUGCAGACUUAUUUGUCACCCAUGUGUGGAAGCUUCACAGGUUACUGGUCAAAACCAUCCCAGAUCAAGGAUUUACCUUCACAGGAAAGUUCUUGAGAGCACUCUACCAGCAACUUGGAAUCAAGCCCUUGUUCUCUUCUGCCUACCAUCUGGGAUCUGAUGGACAAAUGGAAAGGGUUAAUUGGUUCAUUGAGUUCUACUUGCAUUCUUAUGUUGCUGCAGACCACUCAGAUUGGGCCAUGUGGUUACCACUGGCAGAAUAUGCAUACAAUAACACCAGGCAUACAGCCACAGGAAAAACCCUUUUUGAAUUGGUUUAUGGAAGGAACCCAGUAAUGAACCCAUCCAAUGUCCCAGCAAAUGUCCUGGAAGCCAACCAGAUAGCAGACACCCUGGCACAAGAAUGGAAAGAAGUGGAAUCAGCACUUAGGAUGACAAAGGCAAGGAUGGCAGGGACCAAAGGAGUAAUCCCAGAAUUCAACAUAGGCAAGAAAUCAAACUCAAACAAGCUAGACCCCAAGAGAUUAGGCCCCUUUGAAGUCAUUGAGAGGAUCUCUAGCCAUGCUUACUGCCUUAAACUCCUAGAAAGCCUAAAAAUCCACAAUGUCUUCUAUGUAGGGCUCUUGUCAAAACUCCACAAAUCCCCAAGUCAACCACUUCCAGAUCAACCUCCCCCUGAAACAAUAGAGGGAGAAGAAGAGUACAAAGUAGAAAAAAUCUUAGACUCCAAAAGACAAUGGGGCAAGUGGUUUUACUUAAUAAAGUGGAAGGGUUACAGCCCUGAAGACAGUUCCUGGGAGCCAGAGGAACUUUUGGAACAUAGCCAAGAUGACAUCAAGUGCUUCAACCAGGCUAGACUCAAGAAGGCUUGUGACUCUGCCAAGAGCCUAUAA